ACUCACUUGAUAACGUCAAAAAAACAAAAAACCAAAAAAUAAGAAAAAUCGUCUACUUCGGUUUCCCUGUUUCCAUGGAGAUCUAGGGUUUUCAAUUGUUUCCCAGCUCAAAAUCGAACUUCCUCAUUCACAUUUUCAAUUACUUACUAUAAAUAAGUUUCUGAGCUCAGAUAUGUUGGUUUUAUCUUUUUAAAGCUCAUUACAUUUGAUCUGUGUGGAGACUUUGUUUUAACUGUGUUUGGUUAUGCGAAGAAAAGAAAAUGGAGGCAGUUGCUGCUGGAGAUAUAGCGCGUUUGGAUCCGGAGCUAUUGCAGCUCCAGGAGAUGUCUCCGUUUGUUCUCAAGUCCAAUCCCGAAUUCACGCAAAAGCUUUUCGAACAGUGGCUUUCUCUUCCCGAUGCUUACAAGCUGGUGACGUCAUUGGUUAAUGAUGCCAAGGCAUGUAAUCCCUUGAAUGUUCCUGGAAAUGUUUCCUCUGGAAGUACAUCAAUAAGCAAUGCUCUACCUUCCUUGUUUCCUGCUGGCAGUGCUCCUCCCCUUUCACCAAGAAGCGCAUCUGGUUCCCCUCGUAUAACAAAACAAAGGGCUGGUCCUUCAAACUUAGGGUCUCCACUGAAAGUAGUUAGCGAGCCUGUGAAAGAGUUCAUACCUCAGUUUUACUUCAAAAAUGGCCGUCCGCCUCUAAAUGAUCUAAAAGAACAAUGCAUGUUUCGAAUCAAUCAGUUCUUCUAUGGGCAUCCGGAUGGGCUGCAGCUGCUUGAAUUCAAACUAGUUACCAAAGAAAUCUGCAAGCUGCCUUCAUUUUUCUCUCCAUCACUUUUCAGAAAAAUUGAUGUUAAUAGCACUGGUGUGGUUACAAGAGAUGCAUUUAUUGAUUAUUGGGUCAAUGGCAACAUGCUGACCAUGGAUAUGGCAACCCAAGUAUAUACAAUAUUAAAGCAACCAGAGCUCAAAUACCUCACUCAGGAUGACUUCAAACCUGUGCUCCGUGAACUAUUGGCUACUCAUCCAGGGUUGGAAUUCUUACAGAGUACACCUGAGUUUCAGGAAAGAUACGCUGAAACUGUAAUAUACAGAAUAUAUUACUACAUAAAUAGAUCUCAGAAUGGUCACCUUACUCUUAGGGAGUUGAAACGUGGAAACUUGAUUGAUGCGAUGCUACAUGCAGAUGAGGAAGAGGACAUUAAUAAAGUUUUGAGGUACUUUUCAUAUGAGCACUUUUACGUGAUAUACUGCAAGUUUUGGGAGCUGGAUACGGAUCAUGAUUUCUUGAUUGACAACGAGAACCUUAUCAGAUAUGGUAACCACGCGCUUACCUACCGGAUUGUUGAUAGGAUAUUUUCUCAGGUUCCAAGAAAGUUUACCAGUAAUAUUGAAGGAAAGAUGGGGUAUGAAGAUUUUGUUUACUUUAUCCUUGCAGAGGAGGACAAGUCAUCUGAGCCUAGUCUUGAGUACUGGUUCAACUGUAUAGAUUUGGAUGGCAAUGGGAUUCUAACACGUAACGAAAUGCAAUUCUUUUAUGAGGAGCAGUUGCAUCGAAUGGAAUGCAUGGGACAGGAGCCCGUGCUCUUUGAGGACAUCUUAUGUCAAAUAAUUGACAUGAUUAAACCGGAGGAUGAGAGGUAUGUCACAUUGCGUGACCUGAAAGGUUCUAAACUUUCGGGAAGUGUUUUCAACAUCCUUUUUAAUCUUAACAAAUUCAUGGCCUUUGAGACUCGUGAUCCAUUCCUCAUUCGUCAGGAGCGUGAGAACCCUACAUUGACAGAGUGGGACCGAUUUGCACAUAGAGAAUAUAUUAGGCUUUCAAUGGAAGAUGAUGUCGAAGAGGCCUCUAAUGGAAGUGCAGAAGUUUGGGAUGAAUCACUUGAGGCUCCCUUCUAAGUUGAAUAAGGUGCUCAGAGAAGAGCUCAACAUGCUUCUAUGUUGGGCACCGGAAAGAGAAUGUUGCCUUGAUGGACGAGGAAGAUACAUUGGAACUCAUUGGAGGAAAAUUUCGGGCUUGUCCUUCUGGGACAUACACUUGAUGCACCAGUGAAGGAUUUCCAGGCCUUUGAAUGCAUUAUUUGAAAAAAAAAAAAAAACAAGAUGAAUCAUGCCAUUGGAGCCAGCUUUAUCUAAACAAUUUUUCAUACGAACGAGUUUUUCUGGGAGACUGUAAUCGAAAUCCAGGUAUAAGAAAGCUCAGAACAUUUUAAUAUCCUUUUGUUUCUUGAUUUCUAGGAUACGAUCUAAGUUCAUAUUUUCCUCUCUGGGGUCCAGGUUGGUUCAUUUAGUAGUAAUUUUAGUGGUAUGGUUUAAGUGUAGGAUUGUCGCGUUAGUUCUCUAAUCAUG